AUGAAUGAUAUUGUAACUAGUUAUGUUCUUGGUUAUCUACAGCGUUUUCGUGCACCUAAAUUUAAUGAACGGGAAAAUGAUAACAUAUCUUUUUCACCUUACUUUGAAAGAAUUAACCCAAAUGAUUCUACGGAGAAUCCAAAGGCCUCGCUGCAUACAAAGGGAGAAUCGAGCGACUCAAGUAAGUUGGAUUUGGCAAGCAAAUGUAACUGUGAUGGAAAGGGUACACGGAAUAAUAUAACAGGUGCCUAUGAUCAUCAUAAGAGUACUACAAGUACAAGUAGCCAUAGAAGAAUGGCUUUGGAAUCCGAUAAUGAAAAGAGCAACCUAGACUAUUCACUCGUGACAUCAAGUCAUCGACUUGUGUACUCUAGCCAAAGGAAAGCUCAUGUCGGAAGAAGUAAUUCCUCUUCAUCAUCUGUUUCAGGACAAUCUACAUCGACUCGAAUUAGCAAUCAACUUAAUGGUAGCAAACAGCAUCAUAGAAGGGCAUCCUCAUCGAUACCAAAAUUUGGUGAAUGGGAUGAAACAGAUCCCACAUCGGGUGAAAUGUUUACGGCUAUAUUUAGCAAAGUGAAAGAAGAGAAGAAGCAUGUUCUCUCUAAUUUCGACUUUCCAAUAUCCAAUUAUAAUAAUCAGAGUAAACAUAGAAGUCCUUCAUGGUACUCAAAGAUAUGCCGUUGUUUAUCUUCGCAUGUAAAGGAUUAA